CGAAAUAGCUUCACCCUCAUGCCCACGGAUCUCACACAAAGGUUCAAUUUGUAAUCGCUGAUUGAGACUCAGACAGUAUGUUUUCUGGGUAGGAUUUCACUUACCCUUCCCCUUUUUGCUCUCGUUUUCUCGAUGGACUUGGUGGCGUCUUGUGUACUUUUAUCUUGGUGUUUACAUUCCACUUUGCUGUUGAACGAGGGUUCUGGAUGAACGGUACUCACCAGAAUCCAAUGGUUGGCGAUUGCGGUACUUCGAGUGGAAAUUUACGCGCCUUACUCGCCAGCUGGGCCUAACGAUAAUAAUCAGAGAUCUCAAAGCCUUCUCGCCGCUGGCCGGUCAAUAGCAUUAAUGACGGUAUUUCUCGAGUUCGGAUCAAGAGCGACGAAGUUUUCUACAGACUCUCCCUGGGCAAUAGCCCACUGCCCGGUGGAUGUCCAUGAUGCGGGCCAUCGCGACAUUCAUCAACGUUGUUCAUUUACUAGGAAUCAUCCGACCUGUGGUCUCGACGGAUAUUCCAGGCCAUAACCUCCUCUAUCGCGCGCCGUCCCUCGAAGCUAGUGUUCGACAGAAUGCCUUCGAUCGAGCUUCUCUGUCUUCGCACUUGGUGCGAAGGGCGCCAUCGCCUCAGCAGAUGGGGCCACCGUCAACGCCACCACUAAACGAGCAACAAUUCAACGAAACUGCUACCACAGCCUGUCUCGAUGCGUUGGAUAGUGUGCAAUCUGUUGUGAACCCUUCUGGCAUGGCCGCAUGUUACAAUAUCCCGUUUUUCAAUGCUACGACGGGGACUUUCGCUGCCGAUAUCAGGCUCUAUCAAGUCUCUCCGCCGUCGGACGGUUUCGCAGGAGUGCCGACGUCACAAUAUACACUAGAGAUGAUGAUACCGGCGGCAACAGUCUCUUCUCCAGAUCGGUUAGCAUCGAAUCAGUCAACGGGACCGAACAGUCCUCUACUCCUACAGGAUUUCAGGCAUAUAGGACAGCUGGAUCCUCGUCUUCAAAUUGAUAAGCUAACAACGGGAGACCUCCGCUUCCUCCUAAUUCCAAAUAUAACAAUAACUGCUCGAUCCGCCUCGAACGGCUCCUUCGUCACUGCCCUAUCCUCCGACACUCUAUCCUAUGUUUCCGGCUAUUUAAUGAACGAAGAUCGCUCUCCGAACAAUAUCACGUUUCCAGAUGCCGCCGCUAAAGUACCCGAGAUUGUUGCAGCUGCCACCAAAUUCGUUAUUCCAGGGACUGCUAUAGAAAUUUUUCCUAUCGGGCUAAUAGUGACCGCAAUAUGGACAGGGCUUUUCUUCUUAACCGUGGGCCUGGGAACGCUGGGGCGAAUGCAGUUCCGGGAUCACUUUCAGGGCAGGGUACAGAUGGAUGCUGCGAGGAAGCGCGGACGCCUGUUUUCAAGGUCUUAAAAUUGAUUGGCAGUUUGAUUGGAAGUGUUGAGGCUUGUGACAUGGGUUGUACACUAUGAAUUGAUGCCGAUACAUGAUGGUUUAUGUUUUACUCUUUUUUUGAACAUAUGUAUUUGUUUACAGUUUCUUUGUUGUUCUUUUGUUUCCUUUUUUUUUUUUUUUUUUUAUUUACUUUAUUUUUUACUAGUAUGUUAUUUGAGA